AUGGCGAACGUAGAAGAAGAAGCAUUGACGAAAGCAGAACAGACGUUGAAGAACGCAGAACAGACGUUGACGAAAGCAGAGGCGCAGCUAGAGAAGGAUGAGGCUACGUUGACGAACUUUGAAGGAGGGGAACAUGGGCAGAAACUGACGGAAAAUCAAUUUCAUAGUUCACCCAGACAGAAAGAAACGAGACCGUGGAUGAUUAAUUUGGAAAAUGCAACGAUUGACCAGUUCAAAAAAGCGGUAAUUUCUGCGGCCAAGCCAGAUCUAGAUUUGGAAGGUGUCGCGUUCAACUUUGCAAUUGACGGUGGCGACCAGUAUUGUCCCAGAGACGAUGAAUUAUUUCGUACAAUGCUUCGCGG